AUGGGUCUGAAGCUCUAUCUUGAGCAGCGAGACUCAUGGGGUGUGGCGACCGGUGAAGAAACGCGUCAUGCAUUUGAUCCGGUGUUGCAGUGCCAGCUCGACGAUCGAAAUCGACUGGCCAUGGAGACUAUAAUCCGAGGCGUAAAAGUGCGCUUGAAGCUUGAGCUGUACACGCACUCGUACGCCCCGGGCCAAAAGUUGCCGGAAUACAUUCAAGAGAAGAACACGCUGCGGCAGCGCUUGCAGCACAUGGGGCCCAGCUUCCUGACAGACGAUACGUCUAUGUCUCAGUUGAUGCUGAUGGGAAACGCGCUGCUGUCGCGCGAUGAUAUGGACAAGAUGGCGGCGGAUACGGCCGUGAACUGUGGAGCAAACAAUGGCGGCCCGCAGGUGGCGAUGCAUAUGGGGAAGCCUAACGGGCAGUAUCCUAGGACGAACCCAGGUCCAAGCCCCGGCCCUGGUCCUCGAGGGCAGAUGCAGAUCACCGGUGAAGGUAAACGACGUGCCACUCGCUGCUACCAUUGCCAGAAAGUUGGUCACAUGCGGAAAGACUGUUGGCACUACAAGAACAAGCAAAGCAAAGCCCAAUCUGGCAAAGGCAAGGCCACUGAGACGAAGAAACCAAACAACAACGGUGGAGGUAAUUAUUUGGGGUCGGGCAACAACCCAGCGGGUGCAAUGGGCUACAUGCGGCUCACUGCGGAUGCUGGUUGUAAUGAUGCCAGUAGCAGUAGCAGCAGCAGUUCUGAAGACGAACUUUCACUUGUGGCGGCGAUUGGCUGCUGGACUCAGGAACGUCUAUGCAUGUGUGCAACCAAAAAGAAAAAAAUCACCAGCAUGAAGAAGUCCAAGGCUUCGUUUCAAGUCUGGAACGGCGGCAUCACGCACAAUGAAAUGUGCGGUAAGGUGCUGCUGAAGGCAUUGAACGCGCUGAGAGGUGGUGAAACCACGCUGGAGCUGGAUAAAGUGGAGUAUUCGCUCACUGGACCUGUGAAUUUGCUCAGCAAUGAACUGAUGGUGAGCAACGACUGGGAGCUGUCGACCAGUGCGCCUGGUGUGCUGCCGAAGAAGCUAUGA